AAAUUCGUGGUAUAUAUUCGGAUAACAUUUGGUCAUAAUUGGUUAAAAGGAAAAUAUUUGGAUAAACGUAAGAUAGGCUUAAGGCAGUGUAGACAUAUUCUUGCACUUCUAUUUGAUAUAUCUUUUCUCUAUUCGGAAUGUUUUGUCACAAUACUUGUUAAUGCAGACCUUUCGCAUUUUGUAGUGUCAGUUGAUUAAACAUAAAAUUAAGAAUAGUGUUCUGCUUAACGCUGACCUUCACUUAUUAAAAUAUAACUUUGUGGGAUUAAUUCAACAGACAGAAAAGUGGAAGAAAAUAUGUCGGAUAAACCCAAAAUCUUAAAGAGGCGGGACUCUAACCUGAAGCAAUGGCAAGAUGGUCUAGAAGAGCUGCUGGCUUCCGGUAUGGAGGAUUUCGAGGAAAAGUUAUUCAGUUUCCUUUGUGACCACAACGGUCUUGUUUCCAUGGACAGAUUCAAAAAUCUGCUGGAGGAGACCGGGCUGCGGGAUUCUGACUUCCGGUUACGAGAAACUAUGUCCAAGUUUCGCACCGUUCUAGAAAGACAGCUCCAUGAUGAAAAUGAACUCAGGGGAACAGUGGACAAGGAUACUUUUCUUGAUUGCGUCUCUGACAACAUAGUGGUUAUAUCAAAGGCCCUGACCAGUCAGUUUGUCAUACCAGAGUUCAAACCAUUUACAGACAUUAUCGAUAAAAUCUACGAAUCCUGUAAGGACAAUAUGCAGGGACUGCCUGCACAGUAUAUUCCGCAACUGGCCAGAGGAAAUCCAAAACAUUGGGGUGUCUCCAUAUGCACAGUAGAUGGUCAAAGGUACGACUUGGGAGAUACGACCAUUCCAUUUUGUCUCCAGUCGGUUGUGAAACCGUUGAAUUAUGCACUGACCUUAAAUGACCUGUCCCCGGAAGUGGUUCACAAGUAUGUCGGUCAGGAACCUAGUGGGAGAUCAUUUAACGAGCUCACACUUGACUAUCAACACAAGCCCCACAAUCCAAUGAUAAAUGCCGGUGCUAUUGUUAUUUCUUCGCUGCUUAAAAAGGGGCUGGUCAUUGCGGACAGAUUCGAUUACCCUCAGAAAAAAGAUGAGCCCGAUUUGAGAUUUGUGCAAAAGGCCAUGGACGAAUUACGGCGACUGGCUGGACAGGAACACGUGUCCUUCAAUAACUCAGUGUACCUGUCAGAAAGAGCGACUGCGGAUAGAAAUUUUGCCUUGGGUUACUACAUGAGAGAAAAUAAAUGCUUUCCACCGGAAGCAGAUCUUGUUGAAACUCUUGAAUUCUAUUUCCAACUGUGCUCAAUAGAGGUAACGGCGAAAUCCGGAGCUGUGAUGGCCGCAACUCUAGCUAACGGUGGUAUAUGUCCCACAACAGGAGACAAUGUGCUCGACUCGCAGGCCGUACAAAAUACACUAUCACUGAUGCACUCAUGCGGCAUGUACGAUUAUUCCGGACAGUUUGCAUUUAAAGUAGGCCUACCAGCGAAGUCGGGUGUGGCUGGAGGUGUUUUACUUGUCAUCCCAAACGUAAUGGGAAUAUUCACCUGGUCCCCUCCGCUUGACCAGUGGGGAAACAGCAGCAGAGGAGUACAGUUCUGUGAGGAACUGGUAGCUAACUUCAAUUUUCACAACUAUGACAAUCUAAAACACACCAAUAAGAAGUACGAUCCUCGAGGUCGUGCCGUGGAGUCCAAGGCUCAGGAUGUUGUCAACUUACUCUUCAGUGCUUUCAACGGUGACGUCACUGCUAUGAGGAGGUAUGCCUUGCUCGGGAUGGACAUGUCUCUAGCGGACUAUGAUGGAAGGACAGCUCUGCACCUUGCUGCAGCCGAAGGUCACGAACCGAUUGUUAGAUUCUUGCUUGACAAAUGUGGUGUUAACGCCCAUCUUAAGGACAGAUGGGAUUUCACAGCGUACGAUGACGCUAAACGGUUCAAGCACGAUGACAUAGCAGAAAUUCUUUUAGCUUACAUGAAGAAACAUCCGCCAGCAGACGGAAACACAAAAAUUGAUGACGUCAGCACAAAAAUGGCCAAACUUUCGGCGUAGAUGGAGUUUGAUAUUAAACUUCCAAAUACGGCGGCAGUACAGAACGCUUCUUAAGCUAAGAAGAAAAGAAAAUAACCCUGCAGACGCUAAACACAUUUGAUGACGUCGGCACAAAAAUAGCUACAUUAACUACAACAGAAAUAUGAUAUAUUGUAAAUACUCUUAUAAAAAGACAUUUUAAACACAUAACAUAUGUUGUGACGUAACAUUGAGAGUUCGUAAGUACUGGACAUAUGUACAUAUGAAGCUGUAUACCAAAGAAAAAAGUAUGGUCUUUAUUGUGCAAGAGGUUACAUGUAAAUAUAUAGUUUACUGUCUGAUUUUAACCAAACUAUGUAUUUUGUAUAAAUACAUGAAAAAGGCGAGACAAAACCUGUUAAUACUCAUAAAAACAUACUUCGAAAUGUUUUAUUUUGUUUUAUCGGUCACACUGCCGUGUUCGCAAAGUCAGAAAUGUUAAUUUUUUCAUCCACAAGAGGUUUGACAAAGGAGCCAGUAAGCGAGAAAAUUAAAUGUUUGUUUUUGCAAUAUCAGUUAUUUUUAGUAGCUUUGAAGUGAUAUAAAGUUUUAUAAUUAUGUAUACAUAUUAUAUGUGUCGUGUUGUCACUGUUUGGCAACUACAACGGUAGCCGUGUGUUUGGAUCUGUCCAACAUGGCCGCUCAAAACGAAAAAACUAUGGAAUUUCAUGUACGUUCUUGAAGAUAUUUAAUACGCCUUGCUACGUUUCGUUACCAAACUCUGUUCAGUAACCGCGGUAAUGUCUAAAGAAGUAAUCGCUGGGCUGAUAUGGCGAUCGGAAUCAUAUUUAGCUUAAAAUUAUCUUAUAAACUGAUGGAAAUUGUUCAGUUUUGCGUCAGAUGUUCCAAAAUUUCAUUUUUAUUAUAUGUAAAAUCAAAAUAUUUGGACUAAAUGGAUGUAAAUAUACUUCAUGAUAAUCUCUAGUAUAUGUAUGCACAAACUGUGAUAUGUACAAUGUACCUAAGAUUCAAAAGGACACAAAACGUAUAGUGAAGUAAAAACAUGAAUGUAACGGUUUGGAUAACAAGUGUACACCGGUUUGGAUGACUUAAUCUCCUAGGAUGUUUGCGGUUUGGACUAACACUUUUAACUGCUAAUUUUAAAAUAAUGUUUGUUUCUAAGUAAUGUUUUCAUAUUUUACAAUGGUACAUGUUCAAAUAUGUCUUCCGGCAAACCAAACAUGGCCAUCAAUCAUUUAUUUAUCCCCCCACCAAAGGUGAAGGGGAUAUUAGAAAUGCUCUCCGUCCGUGCGUCUGUCCGUCCGUCCGUCCGUCCGUCUGUGCGUCCGCAACGAUCUUUGUCCGGACCAUAACUCCAAAAGUACUUGAGGGAUUUUCUUCAAACUUCAUACACUGAUAGAACACAUUGGGAGGAAGUGCAGUGUGCAAGAACAAUAACUCUACCUUGCCUAUUUUUUGAGUUAUUCCCCUUUAUCUUAUUUUCUUAAAAAAUUUUGUCCGGAGCAUAACCCCAAAAGUACUGGAGGGAUUUUCUUCAAACUUCAUACACUGAUAGAACACAUUGGGAGGAAGUGCAGUGUGCAAGAACAAUAACUCUACCUUGCCUAUUUUUUGAGUUAUUCCCCUUUAUCAUAUUUUCUUAAAAUAUUUUGUCCGGAGCAUAACCCCAAAAGUACUGGAGGGAUUUUCUUCAAACUUCAUACACUGAUAGAACACAUUGGGAGGAAGUGCAGUGUGCAAGAACAAUAACUCUACCUUGCCUAUUUUUUGAGUUAUUCCCCUUUAUCAUAUUUUCUUAAAAAAAUUUGUCCGGGGCAUAUCUUCUUCAUGCAUGGAGGGAUUUUGAUAUAUCUCGGCACAAAUGUUUACCACCACGAGGCGGAGUGUCAUACGCAAGAACCAGGUCCCUAUGUCUAAGGUCAAGGUCACACUUAGAGGUCAAAGGAUACAAGAAUAAAAACCUUGUCCGGAGCAUUUCUUCUUCAUGCAUUGAGGGAUUUUGAUAUAACUUGGCACAAAUGUUCACCACCACGGGACGGAGUGUCAUGCGCAAGAUCCAGGUCACUAGGCCUAAGGUCAAGGUCACACUUAGAGGCCAAAGGUCAGAUACAAGAAUGACUUUGUCCGAAGCAUUUCUUCUUCAUGCAUAGAGGGAUUUUGAUGUAACUUGGCACAAUUAUACACCAUUAUGAGACGAAGUGUCAUGCGCAGUUCCCUUCUUUAGAAUUACUUCCCUUUGUUGUUACUUUAAAUAGCUUUUAUUGUAACUUUUUCAUUACUAGUCGUAGGGAAAAAUCGAGACCACUUUUCUGUAGUACAACAAACAUGCUAAAUCCAAUUUUGAGGUGUAUUUUGACCAGUCUCUUCCUGAUAAAGAUUUUUGUGUGGACUUGCAAUUUUUUUUUUUUUUUUUUUUCUUUUUUUUUUUUUUUAAAGAUUAACUUCCCUUAGUUGUUACUAUAAAUAACUUAUAUUGUAACAUUUUUAUGAUUGACCCUAGGGAAAAAACAAGACCACUUUUCUGUGGUACAGCAUAGAUGUUACUCUCCAGUUUUAGGUGUAUUUUAUUAAUUUUAUUAUAUAUAAGGUAUCUCUACCUAGUAAGGAGUUUUUUUGUGGACUUUAAAAAACAAAAGACUUACAAUGAUUACUAAACAACCACAAAAUUAACAUUCCAUUUGCAAAUACAGCUGCUAGAGUAAAGAAAUUUGCUUUGACGGGCAUAUAUUGUGACAUUCUGGCACUCUUGUUCCCUGUUAGCUUUCCAUUCCUUCUUUUUACAGUAGCCAUAUAGAAAAACAUCAUAGCUAUACUCUUCAUGAAAAUUAAUAAAAUUUAGCAGUAAACCACCUCACUACUGACUUAUUCUUUCUUCCACAUCUUAAAACCCCUGAUGCGGACCACAUCCUUCAAUUAUGAUAUGCCCGGUGGGGGGAUUAGCCAUGUCUGACAUGGCUCUUGUUUUAGAUUAUUUUAGAUAUAUAAUCUUACAAAAUAGGGAUGUAUACUUUAAAGAAUUAAACUCAUAUGUUGAUCAAUAAGAAGGCUAUUUUGCUAGUGAAUUUAAUAGAACUGAUGUUACUGUUAACAAUUUUGAAAUCAAUAAUUUUUGAAAUGAGUAUACACAUAUCCUUGCAGAUGACCAUGAAAAAAAUGUGCUAAAACUGAGCAAAAGAUCAAUGUAUGCUGAAGAUUGCUUUAGUUCGCUACAUAUUGACGCACACUUCACAAGUAAUAUUUGCGUAAGCACUUGCCCAAAAGAACAUCCUCGUAGAAGUCAUGCUCCAUGAUCUGCUGGAAAUACGUUAAGCGACAUGUUUAAUAUAUAGUGUUUAACACACGACCGGUACACCUUAUCACCUUUCUGUAUGUACUAACAGAUUUAUUACCCCGUGAUGGUUUUGCUAAUAACAGUUCCAAGGCGAUGGCCAGAUGUUUGUUUUUUUCUUCUACUUUACAAAAUUGAUACAUUAUAGUGUGCUUUUAUAUUUUGAGAAUAGUUUAAUAAUGUACACAUCCGUACAUACACAGUUGUAGGGUUCAGUUUAAAGAGGCUGUGAUCUUACAUCGUGGUUUUUCCUAUUGGAUAUUUUUCCCGUUUUAUAAUUUCUUUUCUCAAGCGAAGCAGUGAGCUUUUCCAGUCUAAAAUACCAGUGGGAGAGGAAUGGCCACGAAAAACAAUGGUCGACACCAUUCAUCUUUGUUGGAAAUUUAAACGCACAGGCCUAGUACUACGGAAGAUAGGCUGCAAGUGCAAGAAUACGUAAUAUUGUUAAUUAUGCAUGACAAUUAGGUAAAUAGUAGGGCCCCAUUAAAAGCUUUGUUUCCUGUCUCCCGAUCAUACAUUUCAAAACAGAGCUUUUAAAAGGAAAUGAUUCACUUGUUUGUUAACUAGUAAACUGACUUCAGUUCUAAUUUCACGACUGGUUAUAAACAUAUCGAUAAAAAGGGCAAAUAUCAAGUUUAAUAGUUUGCAACGAAGAUCAGCUAGCUAUUCAAAUGAUAUGUCACUAAAGAAAGCUAACUGAAAACAAGUACAAAAGGGCCAGUAAUUUUGGUAAGACGUAAGUUUAAGUCAUAGAAAUUUCCCCUCUUCUGAUGUUAAAUAAGAUACCUGCUUACAUACAUGAACUUAACCAUAACUUGCUAAGUCAAUAUAGCGCCACAAUUUCUUUGAAUUAGCAGGAGAUUCUUGGAGUCUGUGCACUGCAUGUCGGUUCAUUAGAGUAAACAAGUGUUUGAAAUUUCAUUUCAUUCUUAAAAGUGAUAAAUGAAGUACCUGCUUACAUACCAAAGCUAAACCAGUAUUUUUUACUGAAAGAAGCGACAUAUAUCCCUAAUGAAUUUAAAGUCAGACUUGCAGAUCCUAAUUAUAUAACUUUGCAUGUUAAAUCAUUUUGAAAAUCGGCAAAAGGAUCAUACCUUUGUAAAAAAGCAAAGUAGAAUAAUGGAACAUGUACAAUGUAUAUUGCAUGUCAGAUCAUGACAUUGAACAACUUAGUUUCAAUAAAUUCCCACUUGUCAUUACUGACAUAACAUCUUACAAAUGAUUAACAAAGAGUACGCGGAAGCUGACUUACGGAUGUGAGCAAUAGCCCUUCGUAUUCUUCAGUAGUCGAGAUAAAUAAUCUUUUUGAAUGGUGAAAAAGAAACUAAGGUGUACAGGGGUUGCUUUUGAGUUGGUAGAAGAAAAGGCAAACAAACGCUUUUGUUUUAUUAUUAUUUUGGGCCUUUUUCUAAGCAUUUACUAAUUCCUGUUCUAAACAAGCAGUUGACAAAUAGGAUAAGCAAAUGAGCAUUUAUUUUAAAAGAAAUGAAAUCAAAUUACCCGCGAGACGGUAGAUAGAACCCGGGGUUUCAAAAACGAACGAAUUUGAUAUCUAACCAACCUGGCACUCAAACGUAUUUACGUUGCUUUUUGUUAAAGGCGUUUUAUCCUAUUUAUCAGGAUAUAUAGUGAUUCAUUUUGAAAAUGUUCCCGGAAAUAAAUUUGUUAUUAAACGUAACACAUUUAUAUGCACCGGUAGCAAAAAUAAUUACAGUAGGUACAGUGUUCGUUUAUACACAGUUCUUCAUUUUAGCUUAGAUAUUUAAUUUUAUGACCUUCAUUUUAUUUCUUUCUUUAAGAUUUUAUGCAAUACAUACAAAAGGUUACCUCUGAUAUCCCAGAAAUGAAUGAAGGAGAUAGAUGUGGUUUUAUCAACUUUGAAACCGAUCUUUCGUGCCGGAAUGAGAAUUAAAUUGCUGUCCAAACCGGUGCAUAUACUAAUUCCAAACCGUAUACUGUUUUUCAAUUACUUGUAUCCAAACCGUUACACAAUUGAUACGUGUGGUUGACUUUGGAUGGUACUUUUUCGCAAACAUACUAUACUUUUAGAUUAGAGAUCGAUGACAAGAUAUGUAAAAAUGUUUCUUCUUUCUUCUUAACUGAUUUUUCUAAUUUUACAAUUGCAAGAGUUUUCAAAAGAUAAUUUAAAAAAAUCAUUUUCGCUUCUUGAUAGCCAUAAUCUGCACGUUUUUAUCACUUACUAACUUAAACUGGCAUGAUUUGAUCUAUUUAUAUCGAAUAACUUGCACCUUAGAAUGAAAACUGAAAACGUAGUAAAUUUUUAUGUAUAAAGAUGUGUUAAAUCGUACAAAAUAUCACAACUUACUUGAUGUUUUUGACAUUUUUUGCUCGGGAGGCCAUAUUGGACAGACCCAAACACACGGCUACCGGUGUAGUUACCAUACAGUGUGUAGUUGUCCCAAAGUAAAUGGACGCUUUACGGGAGUACAGUCACGUGACUAUAACAUCUGCAGUAUUGUAGAUGUAGAAAGAAACAACAACUUGUGUAAAUUAUGCAGCCAAAACGCUAUAGAAUCAGACUAUCAUUUCAUUUUGUGUCGCUCAAGAUACGGGUUUAGAAAAUGAAAAGAAUACUCAGGCGGAUGUUCAUGUCCUAUUGUGUAAUGUUAAAUGCAUUUAUAUCAUUUAGCAGAAAAAAAUGUAUGCAUAAUCUUCUUGCCAAAAAUUUAUUAAUGAAGCAUAUUAUUUUAGGAAAAAUACUCUUGAAAAUUUAAAUACAUGUACGAUAUUGUUUUGUUUGUCAUUUUCUUUACAUGCGUGUACACUUUCAUGUACAUAUGAUUGUCGUUGCCAUAAGUUUGAUUUUGUGUGUUUGUAAAUGACCGAACACAAAUGUACUGCUGAUUGCCAAAUGUAUUAUGAUUGCCAAAUCAAAUUGCAGAUCAAUCUUAACACCUAUAAUGUAUUGAUGAUUGAUUUCCAAAUGUAUUUCUGAUUGCCAAAUGUAAUGCUGAACUUACAACUAAACCAGUUGCAGUAAUUUUGCGUGCCUAUGAUUGUCAGUAUUGUACUUGCCUUUUGAAGAGUAUAUUUUGAUAUAAUUUAAAAUAUAUUUACUGCUAAAAGCGUGUAUCGAUGGAUAAAAUCCAUGUAAAAUUGAUCCAUAUAGUAUCAUUGGCAAAAUGAGGCUAAAAAUCUAAUACUUUUACCCAAUGUUUAUACGCAGCUAUGAAAGAAUUUUUAAGGACUAUAACACCAGUAUAGUUCAUAAAAAGGCUCUGAAAAUUGAAAAGAACAUUUCCAUGACACUGAUUGUAAACAGUAUGUAAAUAAUGAUGUGCAAUUUAUGCCCGAUAGCAUUUUAGUUUUCAGACACGUAUUGUUAUUGUAAGAUGUGGCAAAAGCUAAGAUAACUGUGUUUUGAAUUUAGGUUAUGUUAAGUAACAAAAUGCUAGUUGUUUUGUACCUUGAACAAUAGAUUUUGAAUUACAGUAUGUAAUCAAAUUUGUUAUAUAUGUAUAUAUAGAUCAAAUGCUUAUAUCUCUAUAAAGUAUCAAAUAUAAACA